UCACCAGGCACAUCAUCAGCAGGCUAAUUACAAUUGCCUAGCACUGUUACAUCCUUGGACUGCUGCCUGUAGCCUGGAGACCACAUCCCUCCUCUGCAUUGCAUGGACAGAAUUGUCUCCUGGAUACUGCAACUACUUUUAGGACUGCAGAGCACCAAUUGCAUCGUAGUCACAGGACUUUUACCCCUCGCUCUGAUGACUGAUCCUGCUCUUACAACUCAAAUCUCAAGUGUAUAUUGAGUGCCUUUUGCAGAUCUUCUUGGAUGCUGAGAGCUGCAUCUGCAUCCAUCACUGAAUCUCUGGGUACCACUCUCAUUUCUAGUGUCCCAUAGACCUGCAUCUUCUUCACCCCAUUUCAUCAGAUUCUUUAUUGACGGAAAAAUCACUUUAUAAACAACUGCAUCAUGAUGUCUUGUACUGAUCUGAUUACUAUGUGCCUGUUGUCUGCUAAACAUUUCGACAAGGAUAAACCGCUGAGCGCCCCGCCAGAGAUCGCUAAGCAGGAUCUGUCAAUAUUCCGAGAUAUAUUCCGGAGGGCAGACAAGAAUGAUGAUGGCAAACUGUCAUUUGAAGAAUUCCAGACGUAUUUUUCCGAUGGAGUCCUUAAUCAAGAGGAACUACGAAAAAUGUUCAUCCGGAUAGACAGUCAGCAAAGCAAUAACAUGGACACAGAGAGGAUAUGUGAUUACUUCUCAGAAUAUCUGGGUGAAUACAAGAAUGUCCUCUCAGCUCUGCAGAAUCUGAAUGGGACUAUAUUGACAGCUAUGGAUAAAACUAAAAUGAACUACGAGAACGCCUCCCAGACAGAACAAUUUGUCACGCGGUUUUUGCUCCGGGAGACCAUGAACCAAUUGCAUUCCCUGCAAAGCUCUAUGGAGUGUGCUUUGGAAGCAAUAGAGGCUCAAGCUGGACGAGAGAGAUUGGAUGUCAAACAGGCAGAGCCUAAACAAGCUGGUCGCAGUUGCCCCCGCCGUACCCACAAAUCUGUGUGCCCCCAGUCUACGGAUCCUUACUCAGGAAUACUGGCUAAUGGCCUGCCUGUGGAAGGGGAGAACCAGUGGUCCAUACAGAUCAAUCGCUUAGAGCAGCUGAUUGAUAAGCUGGAGUGUACGAGUCCUCGACUACAACCAGCCCAAGCGGAGGUAACUUCUAGUACCACACAAAUGUAUAUCCUGGUGGCCCAAAGACAAUUACCAGUCACUGAAGUUCAUUCGGAUCAAUUUAAGACCUCCCUACAGAGCUAUGAAGAAUUCACCGCUGCCCAGGAUCACUGUUUACAUGUGUCCGUCCAGAAGCUGCAAUCUCAGCCAGGCUAUAUCUUAUAUGAGAUAUGGGAGGGAGAAGACUCCUGGAAAAGUCAUCUUCAGUGUGUACAAAGCAAGGCCUUUCAGAGAGCAUCCAUCGAUUGUCUGGAGGGCCCAGAGGAGAUCAAGACCAUGCUAUUCCCAGCUUCCUGGUGGUUUUUUGAGUCAUAAGCGACCGCAACGUUCCAUGGGGAUAAGAUCCGCGUUCUUUGGACUAUAUAUCAGUUACCUUUGGGGACAAAGGCAAUUUACGCAUCCUAGCAACCUUGUCUUUAUGUCGUUGGUUGAGUUUUAACCCUUUUCCUUUGCUCUGCUCUCGUUCGUGAUUUGGUUAUCAUCUUUUUCUCGAUGAAUUUCAUGCAAAGAAUGUAUAUCAAGCUACUUUGAAAGUGCAAAUAUUUAGAUUCCUGAGAGGUUGUACAAUAAAAAUACAGUUGCUCUGUGUGAAGCGUGA